AUGUCCGGAGCCAUUGGUCUGAGCCAACAGGGCGUUGAGCUUGAGAGUAUCAUGCGCAGUAUUGAAAAUGUGGAACGUAAGACCAAGAUCUUUUGUACGUUAGGCCCUGCGUGUUGGUCACAAGAAGGUAUUGGAGAGCUCAUUGACGCUGGAAUGAACGUCGCGCGAUUCAAUUUCUCCCAUGGUGAUCACGUUAGUCACGCUGCUACAUUGAACCGUUUACGUGGUGCAUUGGCUAGUCGUCCACACAAGAAUGUUGCUGUCAUGUUGGACACGAAAGGGCCUGAGAUUCGGACGGGGUUUUUAGCUAAUAAGGACAAGAUAACAAUCCAAAAGGACGCGAUCCUUGAGCUUACGACGGACUAUGAGUUUCUCGGAGAUGAGACCAAGAUUGCGUGCUCGUAUCCAGAGCUUCCACAGUCUGUUCAAGUCGGUGGUUUAGUCUUGGUGGCUGAUGGCUCACUCGUACUUACUGUACUGGAGAUUAAGGACGAUAGUAUCAUCACCCGUGUCAAUAACACUGCUACGCUUGGGGAGCGGAAGAAUAUGAACCUUCCUGGCUGCAAGGUGAUGCUCCCGACAUUGACGGAGAAGGAUGAGGACGACCUUAUUAACUUUGGCCUCAUGCACAGCGUUGACUACAUCGCUGCGUCAUUCGUACGCACGGGUCAGGACAUUGACAAUAUUCGCAAGGUACUUGGUCCCCGCGGCCGUGGCAUCAAGAUUAUUGCCAAGAUUGAGAGUCAAGAAGGACUUGAAAACUUUGAUGAGAUUCUGGCCAAGACAGAUGGCAUCAUGGUAGCCCGUGGUGAUCUGGGUAUGGAAAUUCCGCCUGAAAAGGUGUUCUUGGCCCAGAAAAUGAUGAUUCGUAAGGCAAAUAUCGCCGGAAAACCAGUCGUGACUGCUACGCAAAUGCUGGAGUCAAUGAUCAAGGCCCCUCGACCAACUCGAGCCGAGUGUACGGAUGUUGCUAACGCUGUGCUUGACGGCACCGAUGCUGUGAUGCUUUCGGGUGAGACUGCUAAUGGUGAUUACGCCACGGAGGCUGUGACGAUGAUGUCCAAGAUUUGCGUGCAAGCGGAGGGUGCCAUCCACUACGAUGAUGUGUAUCAAUCACUUCGCAACGCUGUCUUGGACACGUACGGCCCUAUGCCCACGCAGGAGGCAAUUGCGUCGUCAGCUGUGAAAACGGCUAUUGACAUUAAAGCGAAGAUGAUCGUGGUGCUGACGGAGUCUGGUAAUACCGCGCGUUUGGUGUCCAAGUUCCGUCCAUCGAUGCCAGUGCUGGUGCUGACAGCCAUGUCAGGUAGCGCUCGCCAGGCCGAGGGCUUUUACAAGGGCGUGAGGGCUCGCUGCAUGGGCUCGAUGAUUGGCACGGACUCGAUUCUGUACCGCGCGACGGACCUGGGGAAGCAGUACGGAUGGGUAAAAUCCGGCGACAAUGUUGUCGCUCUUCACGGAAUGGUGGAAGCUCGCUCGGGCUCGACCAACAUGCUCAAGGUGCUUACUGUAGAAUAA